CAGCAUUUGUGCAUGUGAAAAAAAGGAAAGAAUUUCUGUAUUCUCCGCCAAGUCAACUACACCCAUAACAUUAACUCUCACCACCAGCAGUCCAUCCAGAAAGAACAAAGCUAGGACAUCGUAUAGACAGACUAGAAGUUGCCAAAGGUUCAAUACGCCUGAUACCCGGUCGCGAUGGUUCUCCGAUUAAUCCAAUCGCCGCUAAUCCGCCAUAGCCUCAGUCGGGCUUACUCAACUCCUGCUCCUUCCCCUAACUCGAUGCCAUUGAAACAAAUCUUGUUGGGUGGAUUAGCAGCUGGUGCAGGCAUCUGGGCAUACGCUUCCAUGGGAGCUUCACCAUCGGAAGUCGAAAAAGUCCAGGAAACCGCCACAAAACCAGCUACAGCAAGUGCCCUCAGUCCCAAAGAAUGGAGGAACUUGAAGUUAAAACAAGUGAUUCCUUACAACCACAAUACUUCUACAUUCAUAUUCGAACUACCUAAAGGGACCGACUCUGGCUUGCACGUCGCGUCAUGUCUCAUCACCAAAUCAGUAGCUCGGGAGGGACCCACAGCCUGUAAUGAUGACAAAGGAAAACCUGUUAUCAGACCUUAUACUCCUAUAACCCCACCUAAGCAGAAGGACACCUUGCACCUGAUGGUCAAGAAUUACGUCGAAGGAAAGAUGACCAAUCACAUUUUCAGCUUGAAGCCUGGAGAUCAACUAUCAAUGAAGGGUCCAUUUCCGAAGUGGCUUUACAAACCUAACGAGUUCAAGACAAUCGGAAUGAUUGCUGGUGGAAGUGGGAUAACUCCCCACUGGCAGAUCAUUCAGGAGAUCGCGUCUAACCCCCAGGACAAGACGAAAGUCGUGCUACUCUUUGCCAAUCAAAAAGAGGAAGACAUUCUUCUUCGCGAAGAAUUCGAACGUUUAGCCAAAGAGAAACCCCAGCAAUUUUCGAUCAACUUUGCUCUCGACCAACCACCCAAGAACUGGCCCAGCGAGUUGAAGGGCUACUUGACCAAGGAUGUCUUGAAGUCCAAGCUGCCUUCGCCGAGCCUGGGUUCGGAAGUUAAAAUCUUCGUAUGUGGGCCACCGGGACAAGUUGCGGCAGUCGCCGGGCCAAAGGACGACAUGGAGCAAGGAGAACUCAAGGGGAUGCUCAAAGACCUCGGGUUCAGUCAGGACCAGGUUUACAAGUUCUGAACAUUUGUGGCCCAUGUCACAGCCCCUACAAAACGAGAAACAAACGACUUCACCUUGGCACUUGAAUAGAUUGUACAUAAAUGAAAGCCUAUUUUCAAGUUGUUGUUAUGAAUGUGAAAUUACACAGCACUUUGAACUUCUGUCUUAUGACGCCUACCAUACACCUUCAUCCCCCCUCUGGUGUGUGGGUGGGAGUGAUAAAUUACUGGUAUGGUACAUACACAUCUUCCUUUUUUUCGAAAUACAAAGGUUG